CUUAUCAAUCGGCAGGCAGCAGGCAGGCAGCAGCGACGACGCAGACGCAGAUAAGCUGCCACGAUGCAGCGCUAGUCUUGUCUCGGAAUUGCCGAAAUACUCGUAGAUUGCUGUCAUCGCAGCAACAAUGUUUAAAGAAUGGCGAAGGCACAGGCAGAGCCGCAGCCACAAGCGCUGGCGGUACCACCAGCAGCCACAGCAGCGGCUGUCCGAUAGGGAAACAAUGAUUGUGUUUGUGUACGACACGGAGUGCAUGAAGGACGAGGCGGAUGAUCCGAUUAAGGCGGUGCUGUACUUCCAUCCCAGCUGGGUCUCCGACUACCAGAAGGUGGCCCUCUGCGGACAGUUGAUGGGAACCACGUACUUCCUCAAGGACUGCUUCUUCAAGCCCCGCGUUCUGGCCCUGCAGAAUGGAAAGUUUGUGCUCAAGGAAUUCGGACGCUUCACCCUGGCCGUCGGAACGGAUCGGAAUAUUAGUGAUGAGAACCUGGAACAUCGCGCGGAACUGCUGAGCUCUCUGCUCAAGUUCUUUCAUCGUGACCUGCAGACGCUGUACGACCAGUACGCCCUGCCCCCAGCCCUGAACACCAGGAAUCUGUGCGACAAGCUGUACCAGAUCUUCGAGACAUAUUUACCCAUGAUGCACCGCAACGGAGACACAUUCCAGAACGUUCCUCGACUCCGUAUGCCCAAGACCGCCAGUCACAUCUUCCUGGAGGCCAUACAGGUGCUGCAGAGCUGCCAGGAGACAAAGGGCAUUCUGGGCGGAGUCAUUCUCUAUCACAACAAGGUGGUGGCCUCGCAGUUGAGCGACGUGGUGACCAAGAAACUGGUCCUGACCGAUCCUCGCCACAUCCGCAACGCGGCAGAGCAGCUUACAACGCAACAGUUCCAUGUUCCCUUUGGCGUGCAGAUGAUGGUGGUGUAUUUGGAGCAGAAGCAGUACCGACAGAUGGCUGCCGAUGCACAGCGCGCCCAGAACCUGCUGAUGAUUACGUCGCAGACACAGACCGGUCUGCCCUUUCAGAGUGCCAAGCGGAAGCUCAAGAGGGACAAGUCGCUGAUCUUUACACACAUUCCGGAGGACGAGCAGGCUCCGGUGGACCCUUUGGCGACAAUGCCGGCAGCCCGACCCAAGUCGAUGCGGCCCACGUUCCUGCCACUGCGGCACAAGAACAUGCACAGCAGGGAGCUGCCCGAGACCGGCACAGGGGCGAUCAACUUUGACGAGACCGACUCGUAUCCCGAGUUCAUUGGACGCACUAGUGUAUGCAACACACCCAUGACGGAGAACAAGGUAUUGCCGGUGGCCAGCGUGAUGUCCAUCUGCGCCAAUCCCGAGGAGCUGCCAAUCGUCGAUGAUGGCCACCACAUCAAUGACAAGGCGGAGUCGCGGCGGCAGUCCCUGAAAUCGGAUGUGGAAAAGUUCUUCUCGAACUUUAUUAUCAAUCCGAGCAAGCAGUUCACGCGCCGCAAGUCCUCCGCCGACCUGCAAGACGCCCUGCGAGCCAUCUCCAAGAAGAUACGCAGCUUCACACCAAACUUCAGGACGGAUGUCAACCGCAAUGGGAGCGCCAACGGCAGUGGCAGCGGCAGUGCCAGUGACGACCUGUCUUCCCCCUCGCCCGACUACUCCGAGUACGAUGAGAAUAGCAGUGCCCGGACCAUCAACGACCCCACAUACCCGGUGUUUAUCGCCAAUGGCAAGCAGAUCUCGCGCAACCUGUUCCAGCAGUUUCUCGAUCAGUAUUACAAGCUGUGGGGCGUCGCCAGUGCGCAGGCCCACCAGGAUGCCGAGCUGGCCGCUCUUGUGGCCGAGUUCCAGGAGUUCAACAAGGAAGUCCAUAAGCUGGACGAGCACAUGCGUCAGCAGGCUCUGGCUGAAGGUUCGGAUGAUCCGAAUCUCAACCUUUCAACGCGUCAAGUGGUCAAGUCCCCAAUGGAAAAGAGCGCCAUGAGUCUCCCUCUCAAGCCAGCGGGAGAUUUGUGCGGCGGAGAGCCAGCUGUAGCUGCUCCCCUUCAGCGAGGCGCCGGACGGAGUGGAGCUGGUGGCGUACCCUUGACUCCCCUCAUGGCGAAACUGUCGGUGCUGGCCCUCAGCGAUUCGCCUUCCAUCGAGAUCCUGACUCCACUGACCAGCAGCAUGGUCUUUCCAAGUCGCAGUUUCGUCAAGUGUGAGGACGCAGUGGACGCCUUUGCGGCACUGUCCAUUGUUCCAGUGAAUCCAGCUCCUAGCCUGGCGAAUGGCAUGCAGCGUACGGAACUGUAUACCUGUGGUCAGAAGAACAUGACGUUGCUGCUGCUCAUGGAGGAGGGGACCUCGCAGAAGCAGGAAGUGGUGCAGAAGAUGUUUGACAUUUGCGUGGCGAAAUUUCCCCACAUGGAAUCUCAAUUGAGUCAAACACUCAAUGCCAAUCUGGAGGGCGAUAUGCUCGAUUACAGCAACUACAGCUUCAUGUGCGUGGAUGCCAAGUGGGAUGUUUUGGAGCGCAGUGGACCGUGGAAUUCGUUGGAGCUGAAAAUUCUCGAGAGCAUGCAUACCGCAGAUAUCGAUGGGAAGCACGGUGGGCUGACGGACUUGAUUUUACGAUCCCAAGAUUCCGUUUACUAUCGCCACAAGUGCGGACGGACAGAGUUCUACUACAAGGAGCCGACCCACCGAAUCAAUGGCAUACCACCGCCCUCGGACCCAGUAAGCAACAUACAGAAUCGCGCCAAGGCGCAACUGGAGCGUGACCACUCCUACAUGUUAUUCUAGGAGGUUGGGUUGAGAUAAUAAGAUAACCAACCAAUACAAUAUGGAUUAAUAUUGAAUACUCGCAUGCUUAAUCAACAAAAAAAAAAAACAAAAAUUGUUAAUUGGGGCUGAUGCCUGCUUCGGCCCCCACAAAAUGCCAACAUUAUGCCAUCCGCUGUUACUUACUUUGCCAUCCCUAAAUGUCCCUGGCCGUCCUUUGGGUAGCCGUAGCCUCUUGAAUUGUGCUUGGAGAACCGAGAAUUAUCUACCAUCUCCUGUCCAUAUCAUAAAGUGAACAAUUUUAAUCAAAACGUUUUACUUUUUAUAUGAAAUUUACAAGCAAAAAAAAACAUGUCUUUGAACGAUUUUAAAGCAAAGGUUGUCCCUUUGAUCACCACUUGACACAUUUUUCGAUGCACAAUUCAAGGGGCUUGGCAACAGACUCGUGCGAGAUUUUGUGCAGCUUCCAGCCAGCGAAUUCAUUUGCAUAUGUUUCCUCGUUUUGACUUGAAUGUAAAGUACAAAAAUGUUUUAAGCUUUGUUUGCAAUGUCCAGCACUGUUGUUUAAUUUAUAAGCGCGCCUCGCCAACCAUAUGAUUAUUUCCAUUAUUUAUUUAGUUCUUAGAGAGAGAAGUGUAGUGUCUCGAUUGCACUGGUUCUGUAGCCAAAGAAUGUAGAUUAUAUUUCGAAUGUAAAUAUGCAGGGGGAAUGUGUAGAUUCAUUUAGAUUCAAUUAUUUGUAGCCCAAACUCUAACUCUAACCAGAAUCGGUUAUAUCCAAUUAGUAGUGUCCUAAUAACUAAUCUUAGCUUAGCUGUUUCUCUUACGUGUAUUAUUAUCAAAAGAAGAGUUUAAGCGCUUUGUGCCAAUUGAAAUGCAAAUCGAAUGACUUGAAUAACUGUCGAAUGUGAGUGGGAGCGUGAGCGUGAAUGUGAAUGUUAACAGUGAAUGUAAAAGCAGGGAAUGUGCAAUACUAUGGAAGCAGGACAACUAUUUUGUGAGUUUUGCAUUGAUUUUAGCUUAAAUAUACAUUACAAUAUAUAUAUACCAAAAAGAGGAUUAUUUAUAUAUGCAUACAUACAUACACAUAUAUACAAUAUAUAAACUCCCAUAUUGAUAAUCGAAUCUACAAAAUAAAAACCACGCAAACCGUUGUU